AUGGAUGAGCACACGACUAGAACAAUUCUUAUCACAGACUUUCCAAAAAAUAUAGCACAUGCGCACUUACUCAGGAUCUGUAAAACAGUUGGAGCAGUAAAAGAGCACUUUGUCAUGAACAACAAGCACUCAGUCUUUUUUGUCUCAUUCUAUGACUUAAGAACAGCAAAGAAGGCAAAGGAUGUGCUUUCAGGGGAAAAGAACGGGUUUACAGUGAAAUAUGCAAUAUCACAGCGAGAAAUCCCAAAAGGCAGCGACAGCUGCACAGAAGACAAGAACCAAGGCAGUGUGGUCUAUAUGGCAAACGAAGCAGUAGAGCCAGAAAACCAAGAAGAAGUCAUGGAUAGUAUUAAGAAAGGAAAAGAACACACAGUCAGGUUCUACAACUCAAAAGAAGCCUUAAAGUUCUUGAACUCCUUAAAGACAGAGCACCCAAGGAGCCAGCCUAAGAUAGUAUGGGACAAUGACCUAAGGAAGAGAAUAACCCUACUUAAGGCAGCAGAGGAAAUUGUAAAGACAGCACCAGCCGGGUUCUUCAAAGGAGUCUCAGCAACAGAACAACCAAUGAAGAGGCAAAUGGAACAAGAGAAUGGACCUGGCACAGAGACAAUGAAAAGAACAAAAAUGUCAACAAAUUGGAUGCUUGCAUUAUUUGACAGUUUUAUCACAGAGAAUGCAGAUAGAAUCCUAGCAAACCUAGGAUAG